AUGCCGCCUUUUCCGCUGCGUGGCACCACCCCGUCCUUUGGCGACGCCGCCGAUUUGAGCUUCCUGGACCACCAGGCCAGCAGCACGCCUGACAUGGCCCUGUUUGACCUCCUCCCCAGCUACGACCACGACGGCUUCUUCCACGGCACGUUACCCAUGGCCCACGACAGCAUGUGCGCCUACCAAGACUUGUCCUUUCUCGACCCGGCCUUUGCGUCCGCCCCGCCGCCGCCGCACAACGAUGGCCCGCAUCACGCCUUUGGCGCAACGCCGGAGCUCUCCGUCGGAUCGCACACGCCGUUUCACUCUGAACCCUCCUUUUCGCCGCCGCCGCCGCCGCCGCCGCACCACACACGAUGCUCUACGCAGCCACGAACCGAGGGCUACACCGGCGGCGCCCCCGCCGUCUUGCAGCCCAUCCCAAGCGUCUCCUGCCCCUGCCUCUCCUCGCUCUACAUGGCGCUCGAGUCGCUGGCCAACCUGCCGCGGAGCAUUGCCGCGGCGAUGCGCGUCGCCCGACACGCGUCCAGGGUCGCCCAGGGCGUCCUCGCCUGCAAGGUGUGCUCCUGCGACCUCCUCGACGUCGCCAAGCCCCCGCCGAUGCAGGCCUUUCAGAACAUGAUGCUGCUCGCCACGCUCGUGCCCUCGGCCUGCAACGCCUACACGGCCAUCAUCGAGCUGAUUGACCGCGACUGCGGCCUGGCCGUGCAGCAAGGGCGCUGCAUCCACUUUUCCAUGCGCGACAUGGCCGGCGGCGGCCUCUGGGACGACCAGCAGACCGCCGCGUUUGCGCACGUCGACGACACCGAGCUCGGCCCGCACGAGUGGCGCCGCUGCAUGCUGGCCGUGAUCCGGCUCGACGUGUACGGCACCACGGAGCGCCGGGGGCGCGCUGGCUACUGGAGCGGCAACGGCCCACCACAGGCCGCCAUGGGCCUCAGCGAGGUCGUCGCCGCCCUCGAUGAGCGCAGCCAGAAGCGCCAUGCGCUCGUGGACGCGUCGGCGGCGGCGGGCACGCUGCCGCCGCAUACGCACUACAUGAUGACGCCGCGCAGCUGCAAGCCAGAGGAUAGGAAUUGCGUCCGCGUUCUCGAGGUGGCCCGUCUGGCGUUGAACAGCCUGGUUAUUGCCUAG